GGGCGGGCCGGCGGCCGCGCUGGUGCUGGCGGCGCUCCAGCGCGGCGCACUAAUACAGGCAGCCGGCUCCCGCCUGACUGACGCCGGCCGGGGCUGCUGCUGCCGCUGCCGCUGCGCCCUGGCCCCGCCACCGCCGCCGCCGCGCAGCUGCAGCCCCAGCCCCGCUCCCAGCCCCGCUCCCUCCCUGCGAGGCACCGAGACCCCAGCCCGAGCCGGCGGCAGGCUUCAUCGGCAGUUUCUUGAUGUUUGGGAAGUUCUGAGACCCACCCUGUUGGACUACUCGUGACCAGCACCUGAGAAUACAAAAUCCUCUCUUGGAAGGAAGCGUCCAUCUCAAUACUGUAAAAACUCUGCAAGCCUUGCAAGGCGGGAGAGUGAUUCGUGCUUCCGUUGACACUGGUGUGUGAUCUCUGCUUCUUAUGCACUCCAGCACCCCUAUCAGCUCCUUGUUCUCCUUCACCAGCCCUGCAGUGAAAAGGCUGCUGGGCUGGAAACAAGGAGAUGAAGAGGAAAAGUGGGCAGAAAAAGCUGUUGAUUCCUUGGUGAAGAAGUUAAAGAAGAAAAAGGGUGCCAUGGAAGAACUGGAAAGGGCUCUAAGCUGCCCGGGUCAGCCCAGUAAAUGUGUCACGAUCCCGCGUUCCUUGGAUGGGCGGCUGCAGGUGUCUCACCGCAAGGGGCUGCCCCAUGUCAUAUACUGCAGAGUGUGGCGCUGGCCUGAUUUACAGUCUCACCAUGAAUUGAAACCACUGGAAUGUUGCGAGUUCCCAUUUGGCUCCAAACAGAAAGAAGUGUGCAUUAACCCCUACCAUUACCGGCGGGUGGAAACCCCAGUCCUACCUCCUGUACUCGUUCCAAGACACAGCGAGUUUAACCCUCACCUCAGCCUCCUUGCCAAGUUUCGAAAUACUUCUCUGCACAGCGAGCCUCUGAUGCCACACAAUGCCACCUACCCUGAUUCUUUCCAGCAUCCCCCAUGCACCCCUUUUCCAUCAUCACCCAGCCACAUGUUCUCCCAGUCGCCCAACAGCAUCAGCUACCCCAACUCACCAGGAAGCUCUUCUGGACCAGGGAGUCCCUAUCAGCUCACAGUGGAAACUCCACCCCCACCUUACCAUGCAAGAGAAACUCCAGGAAACUUAAAUGGGCGGUCAAUGGAUGCAAUAUCUGAAAGCCAACUAGUACUGUCUUUGCCCAAUGGAGGUAAAUCUGCCGAUGGAGAAACUGAAAACUUUCGGCCUGUUUGCUAUGAGGAACCCCAACACUGGUGCUCAGUUGCAUACUAUGAACUCAACAACAGGGUAGGGGAGACUUUCCAGGCUUCCUCUCGAAGUAUCCUCAUAGAUGGAUUUACAGAUCCCUCAAAUAACAAAAACAGGUUCUGCCUGGGACUGCUCUCAAACGUAAACCGCAAUUCUACUAUAGAAAACACCAGGAGACACAUAGGAAAAGGUGUUCAUCUUUACUAUGUCGGCGGGGAAGUUUAUGCUGAAUGUGUCAGUGACAGCAGUAUUUUUGUGCAGAGCCGCAAUUGUAACUAUCAGCAUGGCUUCCACCCAGCCACUGUCUGCAAGAUCCCCAGCGGCUGCAGCCUUAAGAUAUUCAACAACCAACUCUUCGCCCAGCUGCUUGCCCAAUCAGUCAACCAUGGCUUUGAAGUGGUAUAUGAGCUGACCAAGAUGUGUACAAUUCGAAUGAGCUUUGUUAAAGGCUGGGGAGCAGAGUAUCACCGCCAAGAUGUUACAAGCACACCCUGCUGGAUUGAGAUCCACCUGCAUGGACCAUUGCAAUGGCUGGAUAAGGUGCUGACACAGAUGGGCUCACCUCAUAACCCCAUCUCCUCAGUCUCUUAGGAAUCAUCUCUACAAGUCCCUUAGGAUGGAUGCUAUUGCAGGCAGUGGCUUAUAGGAUUUCCGGUGAACAGAAGCUUCUAUAUGUAGAUGUAUGUAGAUGUAAAUAUUCCUAUACAUAGUCUACUCUCCUAUUUUUUUUUUUCAUGAUAUGUUUUGUGGUUUCUAGUUACUCUGAUGCCAGUACAAUAAGUUUAGAAAUUCAGGUAUAGCGUAUCUGUUCUCUAGUACAAAAUAAGCCAAAUUCCUGCAAAAGUGUCGAGCAGUUUCUGUGAGCAUCUUCAUUCCCCAGCCAAGCCAGUAAAUGGUGCGAAUUCUCAGCACUUUCACGUGGAUUCAGAAACCUGGCUGUAGCUGUUCCUAGUAGGUGAAAUUCACCCCUCUGCAGGCAACCAAAGUCAGAUCUCGGCACCAUUUAUCUCCAUCGUACAUCCUAAUUUCAGGUCUGAAAGAGGACCUUAAGUGGUGCACAGGACUUACACGUAGAGAUGACUUUUUUCCAGUGAAUUGAAGGACUAAACAGCAAUCCCAGUCUGUCUCCCUACGGCAAAGUGUGAUGGGACAGCAGAUCCUGUGAGGAGCUGAGCCCCCUGUCUCCCCUAGGAUUUGGCAGGAGGAGAGAGCCCUCGGGAUGCCUUCAGCUCUGGAGCCUUAUCAGAGCAUUCUGGACACACCUGAGUAGCCUGAUACUCUUAACACAGUAGUGUAUGGUACUGCUGCACUGAAAAGUAACAAGCUCCUAAGAAAAAACAAAAAAAAAGAGAAUUUGAAAUAUAUGCCUAGAAGUUUAAAAUCUAAUUAACUUCCAGUACUUUUUUUGCAAAGUACAUACAUACUUGCAUAUGUAUCCGGCAUGUAAACUGAAUCCUAUCCAUUAUACAGUAUUGAUGUAGUUUGUUUUAAAGUUAGGACUAACUGUAGUUAGACUACUGUGCUGAUAUCAAGGGUACGUCUAAAAGGGACUUGAACUGUGAUUCAGAAAAAGGAAAUGAAGUGUGCAUUGAAGAACUGAGUAAUUCGUCUUGGGAUGGUCUCUGCAUUGGGAACAGGAAGCCCCACGCUCACAAGAUGCACUGAGGAGGAGGCGUGAACCAGUCACAUCUAUUGCCUGUGCUGUGCCAGUCCUCGGGAUCUGACCGAAACGCUUGGGUUUGACAGAGGGGGCUUCCCUGUCAGUCACUUCGUACAUCCCCAUGGAUGGUUCCUCAUCUUAGAUACAGGCUUCAUCAGCUGCAGCGGUUUUGCCUCGCCUGCAGGGAGUGGUGAGGCAGUGUAAGCCACGAACAAGCAAAGAGUGAGUCUAUGUGCAAACCUUUUUUUUUUUUUUUUAAAAAAAAAGCUCCUUGUCUGUGGUCCUUCUGUAAGCAAGAAAAAUUACUGUCCGUACUGUCACUCAGCCAGCCUUUCCAAAUGUUCACUUGGUGGCCUUUUCUGAGGAGGCAGGUGAAACCCUACUGUCUUUUGGCGGUCCCUGUUACCUUGCUGAAAGGGUACAGGAUUAGCUCCUUCUGGGCCACUGAUUUUUAUUUUUUUUUCUGUAAAGGUCAAAAAGAUUGGUUACUCAAAUCUCACUCUUCCUUAGAACAUAGUAUACUGAGAAAAAAUGUUUUACAGAAAGUUUCUUUUCCUCUCACACAAUACCUGGUGCUACGCAUUUUACUGCAAGAUUAGAAGAGGAUGCCUGAAAUCUUCAGGUCCAUCGCAUAUGCAAACCAAGUAACAUUCAUUGGAAAGACUUUCUGUGUCUUUUAGAUGCUAUGUAAUACCUGUUCUGAGGCAGUAAUCAUGAACAGAGCAGAAGAAUGAGUAAAACAGAGGGGUUACUUCCUUUGAAUGCACCAUCAGCUGCCUCCAGCAUUGGUAGGACACAGAAGGAUAAGUGAUCGUUAAGACUGAGCAGUAUUGCCAAGUUUUAUAGAAAAUUUGUAAAUGUGAAGAACCAUAUUUUGUCACCAUUUGCCAUCAGUAGUGUCAGUGUGGAAUAGGAAAAGCUUUACAGUCUCCUGCAGCAAUGAAAUCCAGUAAUACUGUUACACGGAAACUCCAGGCAUGCCAUUUACUACUUCACAGACUAAAGAAAGGUUUGGAAACAGACAUUUUCCUCAGCUCUUGUCUUCAAUCUCCCUGUACUGAGUUGUUGGUAACAUUGUUUUCAGUGUUUAUUACACCUUUUCUCCAGUAAUUUCAUUGUGCUUUUCAUAUUGCUCAUCCCUUUGCUUACUUAGCAGCUAAGGGCAAAUUAAAAAUCACUUCUGUCUUCUAGCUCUGCCCUUUAUCCUAAAUUCAUCCUUGCCUUUUAGGCUGAAACCUCCUUCCCUCCUAAUAUAUAGGGAAGCCUAUGGGUUGCUUUUAGACAUCCCCAGCACUGUCAUCUUCCUCCCAGAGAGCAAAGGUGGCCUUGCUAAGGUGCGCCUGCUCUUGAACAUCUCCAUUUUCCAUUUUCCUGUGAUUCUGUAGAAGAAAAAUUAUGGUUAGUCAGUGGAGAGAAGCAGGUUUUUCUGAGGCAUCAUUUGUUUUAUCAUAAGGUGCUUUAGGUUGGUCAAAUACACCGCACCCUGAGUAUGAUUUUGUCUGCCCACUGCGUGUAAGGGGAACACAUGGUCACAAAAUGUGGGCAAGCAGGAGAGGUGGGCCCCUGGGGAGGUGAAACAACUCACAGCCUGGCAGUGAUGCUUGCUUAGUAAAUGUCUGUGUUUUUAAAUGGAAGUUGGUAAAUUCUGAGCAGCUUUUCCUUGCCUGUAUUUCUACUCUUUUCUCUAAUCCUCAUGCAGAUAUAGCCCUUCUGGCUUCACUGCAACCCACACGUGCAUCUCAUUAAAGGCAGUCACCUAAAUAUUUCCCUCACUCGUAAGGAAAGGAACAAGCAUUUCUGGAGCGUGGUUCUUCUGUCCUACUUGAAAUGUCUACAUUAGGACGAGAUGAAUCAUGUAACUCUGCUGAAAGUUGGAUCAAAGCACUGAUUCUGGGCAAUCAAAGCCAACAUCCACCUCAGAACCAUUAGCCUUUGGGCAAGCUGUUAUCACUUUGUGAAUGAUUUCUGAUUUUGGUGGCCUCUAGAGGCUUAGUCCUGACCAGGCUAGCCCCACUGCACGAGCUGCUGUGCAAACAGAGCAUCUGAUAGCUCCAUCCCAGGAGAAGGGAAGAGCUCACCAUGGGGGAGAAGUAGGAGCAGUGGAUGAGGCAAACAAGUAAAUAGAAAGAUGAUCUGCCUAGAUGCAGUGAUAAAAAAUAAGGCUACUAAACCAUGUAUUUCCCUUCCUUUUUGAUCAAAUUCUCUCUUAGAGUCCUCUCUUGUAUAUGAAUUAAGAUCAAUUAAAAAUUUGUUUUUCUUAUAAUUUACAGCUAGGCAACUUUGUAUCUCGCUGUAACAAGACCCAAAUAUCUCCUUUUGGAAGGAAAUAUUUCCUGCUGAAAGAUCUUCAUGAACCUAUCAACCUAUAUUCAAUUUAAAGCCUUUAAAUGCACUCAUUAAUAGUUUUGAGAUGGACUUCCUCAGAGAUUUAAAACCACUUACAGGGAGACUGCUUAGUUGAAGGCAGCUUUUUUCAAAUGUUUUUGCAAGCCAUCAACAAUCCAAACCCUCUUGAAGGUUUCUGUGGAUAAAUACCAUGCAUCAGCAGGCAGCGGUGGGAGUUUGGGUGGUGGCAUAAAGCACAUCCAUCAUGGUACCAGACCACUGGUUUUCCUACUGAGUAGUUGAGAGAUUACUGCUUAAUUGCUGCCAGUUCUCCAGGAGCACCAGUAUUAAUGUGCCAUUUGCCUCCAGAGGUGACCAAAGCGGCUAUGGCACGCUGCAUGAAGCCAUUCAGUGCCGCUGUUGCUGACUGCUCAGGCCCAUGACCUUGCCCUGUAACAGGAGAUCAGGUACGUUGGAGCAAUGGCUGCAGCAUUCAGAGGUGCAGCACAUGCUUUUUCUCCCCGUCAAACCCUUCCUUGCAGACAACCCAGCUGGCUAUGCCUGAUGGUGAUUUCACCCAUAGCACAUCCAGGCAGCCCCCGUGCUUUGAAGGCUACACUGAGUUGACUUUUCACAAGGGCUCUGCUGUGUGCUUGCUGGUAUUCCUGUAAAGCCACAAGCAUCUUCACUCCUCAUCAGUAUUUCGUGUUUUGCUAUGCUCGGUCUGUGUUAGCAACAAGAAAGGGAACUGUGGCCCCGAGUAACAUCAGCUGGAGUCAAAGAAAUUCCUUCCAUGUCUCCAGCAAGUGCUGUGCCAAGCCUUUCAACGCCCUGAGCAGCCUCUUAAGUGGUCCCUGCUCUGAGCAGGGCAUCGGAGUAGAUGCCCUGCAGAGAUCCCUUCCCGUUUACAUUGCUCUGUGGUUCUGUGCAGACACCCAGUGCUAGCGGGCUGCCAUAGGCAGGAGCUCUGCUAGCAGAGACGGUGUCAGGAUGAAGCAUGUUUAUUUAUCCUCCGCUAUUUUUUCACAAGUUCAGUGCAGGACAGAGUUGCUAGGUAUUCAUGUUCCCUCAGUAUAAAAUCUGCCCUGGAAACACCUCUCACUGUAAACAUCAUCUCCACUGCACAACUCUUAAAAUGGAGCAAAUCAGCCAUUUGUGUCUAACUUUAUCUCAUCUGCCCUUGGUCUUCCUCACAAACCUACUGAACACAGCAUGCCACGUGUGCUCUCCAAGCCAAAGGUGAGUUCAUUGCUCUGGAGAAGCCAGAAGUUACUCGACCAUCCGAACCCAAGCCCCUCUAGGUCAGUGUGCUUCCCUGAGAGCAUGUAAGAGGUUAGGUCACCACCCGCUGAAAAAAUGACUGAUGGUAGAGUUGGUCCCAUCUUGCAGUAGGGAGAGAGAUUAUGCGAGGCUUUAGAUCUGGGAACAGAACACUUCUCAGCCUGGAGACUUCACUGCAGCCACUGAGAGGGCUUCUUCUUGGUGCAGCUCAGGGAGUACCUUUCUGCAAGGCACAGAAAGCCUGAGUGGGCAUUUAGUCUUUGUUCAGUGAACAGAAAUCGCUUAGUGUCUCUAGUGCAGACUCCUCUGCAUGUGCACCAGCACAGGACUUUAGCUUGUACAGAUCACCAACUCUCAGGAGCUCCAGAGUGGCCAGGAGUGACCAAGUUCCUGUUCCCUGUUUACCUCAGGGCUUUCCAAACAGCUUGCCUGGGGCACCUUAUGUUACAUUGCCAUAUUGAUGCCACAUUUACCUGCCAAGGAGGCGAGAUGUCUGAGAGUCCCGUCAGGAGGAUGCUUCCACUUGUACCCAAGCCAUGCUUGCAAACUUGGUGCCUGUACAGCUGAUGAAUCUAAGUUGCAGGCCACGUCUCUUAUGCAAGGUAGACAUAACCACUAAGUCCUCCAGAGUCAGCUACUCUUCCAUUAUAGCCAAUGUGAACAUUUGCAGCUAUUUGUGAACGGUUUUUAGAUCUUCAGUCAUAGUGUUUUUAUUAUCCAUGGAUGCUGCUAUUUUAUAUUCCGUGUUAGUCUUCAAAUAAUAUUGCGUAUGAAUAGCAUAGGAAGAACUAGACCAACCAGUUAAUAAUUUUAAAUACAGACCUCAUCAGCAAAGAAAAGCUAGAAAAAAAGUUGGUAAAGUCUGACCCCUUGCACUUUCACUGUAGUGAGCACAUCAUCUGUUUCAAAGUGAUUUUUUGAUGCUGAAGUGUGUUACAUCUUUCUAAUUCACCGUUAUGUCCAUGAGAUGCUUUGCAAACAGGAGAGCAAGGGAACAAAUGUAACGACAAGCAGAGAUGAUGCACCUCUAGAUACAUUUUUUUCACUUAUUCAAGUAAUUGGAGUUCAUUUUAAUUAUUUAUAAUACUAAGUACGAGUUAAAUGUACCACGGUGUAUUUUCUACAAGCAAUUCAGUGUUAGCAAUUUAAUCCCUCAUUUCAGUAUCGCCUCUGCCAUUCAAAUUGGGCUGAGAAGUGGGACAAGAAAAACAAAGAAACAGGCCUUUUUGGGUGGAUCGAUGAAGCCAUAAUCUUGCAAGGAUGUAUGCAACCAAGGGGCCAUAAUGGUGGAUUUGAGCAAGGUCUGUUUUCUUCGUGUUAAAUACUAGCUAUCACAGUCUGGUGCAAAAAAGGGAAACGUGAAACAAAGAUUUAAUGGUACCACUUCUGCCUACGAACAAUUCUGCCCACGAACAAUUCUGCCCUCUCUCUUUUCCAUCGCAGUCAAGGCAAAACUUCUUCACCACUUGGAAGAAGACAGUAAGUAGUAUUCACAGUUAGUGAUACUCUGUACAACAGUGUGGAUCACUGUGUAAAUAUGCUAGCUGGACUCUUGCCUCUUGAGAACAAAAAAUCUGAGACACACUUUCAGGAGUCUGCAAGAUCAGGGCAGCUCAGAGCCCUCUGAUCAGCCCCAGAGUACUCUGCCCUGGCAUAUCAAGAAUACAACUGCUAAUCAAGUGGAUGAUUUCACCAGUAUUCCUACUGCUGCGUCUGCUUUGAGGCAUCCUGAAGUCAACAUAUUUAGCCUGAUGUUUGAACAGUACACUUUUUAACACACUCCAUUUUCUUUGGCUGGAACUAUUCUAUUGUAAAAGGGAUUAUUCACGUCUUGUGUUUUACUGUUAAUAAAGUAUUUCUGAU